AUGGCAAUUACUCGUCUUGCUCUCUGCCUUAGCUUUGCAUUCCUCUUCUAUGUGGUUGGAGGAGCCAAAGUGACAUUCACAAACAAAUGUAGAUACACUGUAUGGCCAGGAACACUAACCGGAGACCAAAAGCCUCAACUUUCAACAACUGGUUUUGUGCUGGGACCUCAAGCAACCAACUCAGUGGACCUUCCUUCUCCAUGGUCAGGUCGCUUUUGGGCCCGAACCGGAUGCUCAAACAACAACGGAAAGUUCAGUUGCGCAACGGCCGAUUGCGCGUCUGGUCAAGUCGGGUGCAACGGUGCUGGCGCAAUUCCUCCAGCAACUUUGGUUGAAAUUACAGUAGCUUCAAAUGGAGGACAAGAUUUCUACGACGUGAGUAACGUCGACGGAUUCAACGUGCCGGUGUCCGUAACUCCACAAGGUGGGAGAGGUGAUUGCAAAACCUCGAGCUGUCCAGCGAAUAUCAACACUGUGUGUCCCGCUGAGCUUCAAGUGAAAGGCUCAGAUGGAAGUGUGGUUACUUGUAAGAGUGCUUGUUUGCAGUUUAACACAGAUGAAUAUUGUUGCCGUGGAAGUCAUAAUACACCGGCUACAUGCCCACCCUCAAAAUACGCUACGAUUUUUAAGAAUCAAUGUCAUGAUGCUUAUAGUUAUGCAUAUGAUGAUAAAACUGGAACUUUCACUUGCUUUGGUGGACCUAGCUAUGCUAUCACCUUCUGUCCUUAAUUUAAUGGCCAUCUUCGAAAAACAGUUAUGUCGCUGUUUAAAAUAAAAUAGGGGGUUAACCUCAAAGGGUUGGCUCAGUUGGCAAAUGAGCUUUCUCCAAAAAGAGACGGAACCGGCUAGUACCCGGGUUCGAUCCCGGCUGGAGUCAAAAACACCCUGAGGCCACGGUGCCGUUGCCUCCGAGCCCGGGUCCGGAUUAGUCACGUGGGGCCCCUUUCCCCCGCGGAUACCGGUCGGUUAACACCAAAAAAAAAAAAAAAUAAAAUAAAAUAGGGGGUUACAACUUACACACAUAAACAUGAACAUGUGUGAUAUAUAUAUGUAAACCUCAAAUAUGAAUAAAAUAUCAC